AUGAACAAGUUUUACGUUAUUUUCAGUGUGCUCGGUUUAGUUUUAAGUGUGGUAUCGACUACCACAGAAGGUUGCAUGGGUUGUAUCAACCUAGAUGAAUACAAUUUCGAUAAAGUAGUUCCUAAAUUUGAGGCUGUAUUAGUAAAAUUUGACGUGGCUUAUCCUUACGGUGAUAAACACGAAAUAUUCAAUUCAUUGGCCAGUGAAAUCGUAGGCAUUCCAGAUUUUGUAUUAGGACAAGUAGGAAUCAAAGAUUAUGGACAACAUGAGAAUGAAAAUUUCGGUAAACAAUUCGGUAUCCUUUCCAAAGAGGACUUGCCAGCACUCAGACUUUUCGUACAAGGUGAAGAUGAACCCUUCGCUUUUGAGAAGAAGAUGCCUUGGAAUAAUGAAAACCUGAAGAAGUUCGUAAGAGAUCAUACAAAUAUUUAUCUAGGUUUGCCUGGUUGCAUUGAGAAGUUCGAUAAAUUAGCUCAUAAAUUCAUUGCUGAAGGUGCGAAGGAAGAUGUUUUAGAGGAGACUCAAAAUGAAGCUAACAAAUUAACUUUGGAGAAAGAAAAAGAAAUUGCAGACAGCUACAUAAAAGUAAUGAAAAAGGUAAUAGACAAUGGCUACUCCUUUAUACUUCAAGAAGAUUCCAGACUAGAGAAAAUUCUUGAAGGAAAAGUUAAUGAGAAGAAGAAGAGAGAACUGUCAAAUCGUCGGAACAUUCUUAAAGCCUUUACUGUGGAACCACAAAAAUCAGAACUUUGA